CCCUCGGAGGCUGCGCAAGGGUUGUCGGGAUGCUGGAGGAAUUGGGGCGGGGAGGGGAUUGAGGAUGAGAAAGUAUGGCGGCAGCCAGGCAAGGGAGAUCAUCAUCUGUUCUAUCAUCUGUUCCCUUACAGAUCCUUUUCUAUUUAGAUGGAAUGUAUUAUAUAUUUUAUUUUUUAACAGCACUUCUAAUGAUUAUUUAUAAAAGUCAAGUUUUCAUUUAUCCAAAUAAUCUGUUGACUCUUGAUCUCGUAUUGCUGUUCUUUAUGGCACUUCUAGAAGCUACCCGCCUGUACUUUGGUACUAAAGGCAACUUGACAGAAGAGGAAGCUCCCCUUGGGAUCAGUCUGGGGAUCACCGUUGGCAGUGUGAUUCUAUCAGUCUACUUUCUAGUGUGGCAAACUUACAUCCUGAGAGCAGAUGUCAUUAUUAAUGUUGUGCUGCUUAUUGCAUAUGGACUUGAAGGAAUUCUGCAAAUCAUAGCAAUUGCUGCUUUUGUCAGCUAAGUCAUGUUGAUGCUUGUGUACGUGUAUUUUCUGUGUUUUCUUCCAACAGAAGCAACGUUUUAAAAUUAUAGGAAGGAGAUGUUCUGACAAUUCUGUUCCUCGUGACAUACCAAAGUUUCACAAGACCUUUGUAAAAUAGGCUCUGCUGGCCCAUUUUCAGCACAGCAUAUUUACUGUAAUUACCUAUGCUUGCAGUGAAAGUUUGCAGGUUUGUGGCAAACAAGCUGUUUUUCAAGGGGAAAAAAAUUCUUUAAAUACACAGGUAAAUGCAGUAGAUAUAAUACCAGGAACCCACACGUUUUACUCAGACUUAAUAUCUUAAAACGAGCUAGCCUUGGGCUCAAAUUUUUGUGGCAAAUAUAUAUUUUCCUGAUAUAACUGAACCAGGCCAACAAAUGAUAGUUAGCCUACAAUUAGAAUCAUCAUAUUUUCUCAUUUUGAUUUGCAAGGUGUAGCAUAAAGAGAAAAGAUUUGAUGUUACAUCAGAAUCUGCCAAAUCAUAGACAAAAGUUACAUAUUACACUAAAAUAUAAAGUGGUUUCUUUGCUUUUCACAUAGUAUGAUGUGAGAUAUUUCAAAAGCCAUGGUUUGUUUAUUUGUCCAAUUUACAUAGCUGCCCAUCUCACAAUAAGCAAUUCUGGGCAGUGUACAACUCUUAGCCCUACUCACCUCACAGGGUUGUUGUUGUGGGGAAAAUAGGAGGAGGAAGGAGUAUUAAGUAUGUUCCCUGCCUUGAGUUAUUUGUAAAAAUAAUAAAAGGCAGGAUAAAAAAUAAAAAUAAAUCACCUAAAAACAGUUAUCAUUACUAUUAUUAAAAACAUUAAACCUAUAAAAAACAGAGCUAAGACAAAGAAAUAGUGGGCAAAGGGAUGUUAAUAAUAAGGCAGCCACCUCACUAGUUCACCAGUCCCUGGGAUCGCCAGGCCUGAUGGCACAAGCAGGUCUUGAGGGACCUGUGGAAGAUCAGAAGUGAUGGAGCCAGCCUCACCUGAGGGGGGAGAAUAUUCCACAAUGCAGACGCCACAGCAGAAAAGGCCCACUGUCUCAGGCCUGCCAAAUGUAGCUCCCUCGACGACCGAACCUGUAACAGCCCUCUCUGCUGGAUCUGGUGGGACAGGCAGAUGUAAUCGGGGAGAGGCAGUCUGUCAAGUAAUCCGGUAUAAUGUAGUUUAUAAUGUAAUUUAGUAUGUGAAUCCUGCCAGUAAAGACUCAUUCAGUACAUUGCAGUUUUAAAAAGGUGUAGUGUGCUCCGCUGACCCAUCCAUAAUUUAAAAUAUGUUAGCAUUCUUGUUUGUAUAAUUUUCAGUUAUCAGAAUAACACAUUUCAAAGUUUCAUUUCCAGAAUAUUAGAUCGUAGAUUAUGUCAUUUUACAAGUCCUAUAGAAUACCUUAUUUUAUACUGGAAUAAUUCAGGUAAUUUUUCAACAUGUUUCCCUCAUUUUUGCCUUCAAAAUAUCUGAAAUAUAAGCACUGAAUUCUAUUAUUUAGUUUGAAUAUAGUUAAGAGCAUUUCCAAUGAUUUUAUCAAUUCCUGCUUCUUGUAAUCCUAAGGAAAAGUGAGAUAUAAAUUAAUUUUCUGGGAAGUUCAGUAUGAAUUGUUUUUCCCGUUAUCUUUAUGUAUGUUAAUUUGCAACACUUCAGUUUUCUUCUGUAAAUACUUGUUUUGUGCUUUUUUCCAAGGAAACAUCAGUAAUGUUUUACAGAUAUAUAGAUUUGAUGUGACUUGUUUUUUCUCCCAAAACUUCUAUCUUUAUAUUUUUAUAUCUAUUUUUAUAAAUAUUUCAGAGAAUAAACAAACUGCAGUAUAAGAUACAUAUAAGCAUAA